AUGAGUGGCUACGAUAGUGCAUUGUCCAUUUUCAGCAGUACUAACACAACAACAACCUUGUUUGAGGUGAAUAAUUGUAUUUCAAAUAGUCCUGAUGGUCAUGUUUUUCAAGUGGAAUACGCCCUUGAGGCCGUGAAAAGAGGAACCUGUGCAGUGGGUGUGAAAGGCGCUGACACCGUAGUACUUGCGUGUGAAAGAAGAACGACAUUGAAGCUUCAAGAUCCUAGAAUCAAUCCAACGAAAAUCAACAAGAUCGAUUACCACAUUCAACUUGCCUUUGCAGGGUUGAAUGCUGAUGCCAGAGUUUUAAUAGACAAGGCCAGAGUGGAGGCACAAUCGCACAAAUUGACCUUGGAGGACUCUGUUAGUGUCGAAUACCUCACCAAAUACGUGGCAGGAGUCCAGCAAAGAUACACCCAGAGUGGUGGUACCAGACCGUUCGGUAUCUCGACACUGAUUGCUGGAUUCGAUGAAAACGACCAAGUUCCAAAGUUAUACCAAACAGAGCCUUCGGGAAUAUUUUCAGCCUGGAAGGCACAGUCGAUCGGAAGAAGCAGCAAGACAGUGAGAGAGUUCCUGGAGAAAAACUACCCAGCCGACGAACCACUAGAUGAAGCAGGCACCGUAAAAUUGGCCAUCCAAGGUUUGUUGGAAGUUGUCCAAACUGGAGCCAAGAACAUCGAGUUGUCCGUCAUGAAGCCCGGAGCUGCGCCAAGGGAACUGUCCAACGAAGAGAUCGAGGAGAUAGUGAAGGAAAUUGAAGAAGAAAAGGCUGCAGAGGCCGAAAAGAAAAAACCUAGAUCCACUGAGUAA